AUGGCGAUGGAGAGAGGAGGGAAGGAGAUGAAGGAGAUGAAAACCCAAUUCACUACCUGGGAAGGUCUUUACAAGCUGCUGCUGCACACUGAGUACAGCCGGCCCAACCUGGUGCCCUUCAACUCCCAGGGGUCCAACCCAGUCCACUUCUCCUUCCUCAACCUCAACGAUCAGUCCAGCAAGGAUGACCGCCUCCACUUCAGUGUGGGCUGGGAGCUUUACUUCUCUAUCUACAAGGGGGUCCUCAAGGGAGGGCUUUGCUGUUAA